AUGUCUCUCUGGAAAGAUAUUGGAAUUCCAUACACUCGUUUCUCUCAAGUAGCUGCUGCUGCUUUGCGUCAAUGCUUAAAGGAGUAUCAAAAAGAGGCUCAAAAAAGUACUGGAAUUAAAGUAACUCAAUGGACAGAUGGAAAGGCAAAUAAAUUAGAUUAG